AUGUACAUGGUUCGGGGAGCUCAGAAGAAUCUACAUCGGCUAGAUAAAGGAGCAUUUAAAUUGCAAACAGAUUUACCUGUUACCAGCGCCGAGAUCUUUGCGAGUCCGCUUGCGGGUGAAGGCUCUCUGUGGCGGCCUUCAGGUGGAAGAACCUCAUCUCUCUUGACUAUCGGUUUGAUGUUUAGUUUCUUGAUGCUUUCAGGGGUCUCAGGUCUAGGUGAUGAUAAAAAAGAAAUAUGCUACAAAAACUUUGAACAGGGACCAUUCAUAGUUUUUGUCGAAGCAAUGGAAGGCACGGGGAUUCAAGUAGGUCAAAGAAGGUAUCUACAGCUAGCAAAAGAUUUAUUUCAAUUAAAUUUAACCAACAUUAAACGCAUACAAGUCAAGGGAAGGAAUAGGCUGGGAGUAGAGUUCCUGGACUACAAGUCAGCAAACUCUUUUGCAAAUAAAGAACUCAAUGGGUACAAUAUAUAUAUACCAUUCAACAAAGUAACAUGCAAGGGAAUCAUAAGACAAGUAGAUACAAGUUUCCCAAUUGAAGAGAUCAUUAGCGCUAUCGAAUCUCCAAUGAAAGUGUUAGAUGCAAAAAGGCUCAAUAGAAAAACCAUAGUAGAUGGCAUUACAAAAUACACGCCCACUGGUACCAUACCAAUAACAUUUCAAGGCACAGUACGUCCUAGAGAUGUUUCUAUUUACUAUCUUCUCUUUCUCGUAUUUACAUAUAUACCACCUGUCACUCAAUUUUUCUUUUGUCUCACUUAUGGUCACACUAAGACCCAUUGCAAGGGAAAGAGAAGAUGCUUUAAUUGCAGUAAUCCUGAACAUAAUGAAGAGUUUGAAGACUUUCACUGUCAUAGAAAAUGUUAUCAUUGCGAUAGUCUGGAACAUAGAUCUAAUUCGAAAGACUGCCCAGAGUACAAGAGGCAGGAAAAGAUAAAACAACCUAUGAUAUUUGAAAAUAUUUCAUACUUUGAGGCAAACGAGCUGUGCCCUGAAACAAACCAGAAUACACCUUCUACCUCCGGAACAAGUCAAAUAAAUAUAGCACAAAGAAGAACAUUUGAAUUCGCGAAUACAAUAAAAACAAAAAGAACCUUUCAACAAGCACUAUCACAAACACCAAAAAAAAAAGAAAGAAUAGUUGAACAAAAUACCGGAUACAAUAGAGACAGUUACAAUGAGAACCUAAACAGAAACGGUAGAGAACAAAACCGUAACAUACCAAUAACAGUACAAGCACAAGUGCACAAUAACUCUUCAAGCACAGAAGCACCAUUCAACACUCCUAAGACGCCUACUAGUGCCCUUCAUAGUAAUAACACUAAAGAACAAGUGAUGAAAUCUUUGAAAACAUAA